AUGCUCGAUCCUAAAUCUAUUGGCGUCGAACUUAAUCAAGUUGAAAAACCUGAAUCAAUGGAAUACUUUUGUAAUCUCGUAGAAUACUGUAACAUUUAUUGUUUUGCUGAUCUUGCCCAGUACAGAAGUAAAGAAGGGGUUUGGAAUAAAUCAUUCAAUUCGAAAGCAGCCGAGAAUAAGACAAUGGUCAAGAAGUUUUGUGAUGCUAGUCAAGAUGAUAUAUCACGAAAUGAUAUGCCAAAGGAUAUAGAAUCUUCUCUCACAGAGCGUGAAUUAGAAGAUAUAGAACCGGUAGCAUCAAAUUCAGGCCAAACUAAUGACAUUGAAUUUAUAAAUAUUGAACAUGUAUACGAUACUGACAGUAAUUUAUUACUAAUAAUGCGCUUAUUACUUUAUAAGUAA